CAUGGAUCAGUAAGCUCACCUGACUCCUCCCUUUAAUGUCUCGGUGAUCUCCUCCAGGUCAAAGUACGCUUCCAACUUCAUGGGAAAACGUGUCCGUAAUUCCCAGAUACACGAUGACAAGCACAAAUCAGACUGAGCCAUCGGCUUCCCGCCCUCAGUUUUACGAGACGCUAGAAGCCCUACCAAGUACUCUUUCAGACGUCCUAACUACUUAUUCCGGCAUCCCUAAGGAUGCUCAGCUUCAUCACGUCGUGAAGCUACGCAAUGAGGCAUAUACAUACUUCCCGUAUCCAUGCAUUGGAACCUUCAGAUUUCUGGAGUUUGACUUGGCAUCUCACUACGCAUACCGAGAGCAUGUGCUGUCUCCACUAAAGACUCCUUGCUCAGACGGUGCGGCCGAGCCGCUGUUCCUGGACCUAGGAACCUGCCUCGGCCAGGACCUCCGUAGACUCGUCUAUGACGGCGCUCUUAUACACCGGCUUUGGGCUAGCGACAUAGAGCCCAAAUUUAUUGAGCUGGGGUUCAAGAUGUUCAACGACGCGGAUAAGUUGCCGGCAGAUCAUUUUCUGUGCCCCGGAAACCUGCUAUCGAACUCGCCUGACGAUAAGCUCCGGGUCCUAGACAACAGGGUCACCAUAUUACACUUGUCUGCUGUGUUUCACCUGUUUUCUCUCGACGAUCAGAAGGCGGUGGCUGACCGCUGCUUACGGCUUUUGAGGAAGGAUACUGGCGGCCCAGUAUUGGUGUUGGGAGGUCAAGUCGGAAGCCAGAAUCCUGGUCCAUAUGAGCGACGCAAUGCCUCCCAAGACUAUACACAUAAAUAUAGGCAUGAUGAACGGACCUGGAAGGAAUUGUGGGAUAAUGUCUGUGGCAGCGACGCCUGGAAAGAUAAAAUCAAGAAGCUUGAGGUGAAGUCGAAAUUGCUGAAGAGAAAUAAAGUGAAAGGUGAAUCUGGAGAGGUCACUGUCUUUACGCAGCUAGAAUCCGGAAGCGAUUUGGGUUGGCAAAUGUAUGAAGUUUGGGUUACUUUCUCUUGACCCUCGUACUACGCUGGCACUUGUUGUCAGGGGCAUAAGUGGAGCAGGCCUAGAAGGAGGUCCUGCGGACCUCCUGCUAGGCAAACGCGAGUUAGCAAGGUAUAAGAAGGGGGCGAAGCCCCCUUCAACCUCAGAAGAAGUAGCGUUAUUAGUUCAUCU